UAAAACUCUUUAUUGCUUAAUUUUGAUGUGAUUGCUUCAGUAGCUCAGGAAAUUGGGAUUCUCAGAAGACAGUUGGACUAAUUUCACCUCCCAUUGAAAUCAAUUUUUCACUGAUCUGCAUUAAAGUUACAAGAAUUUUGCUGAAUAACAGCAAAAGGAGAACAGAAUGACCAUUAAACUGAAUGAGAAGAUUAUGCUUGAAAAUUAAGAAUACAGGACACAAUUACAUAGUGUGAUUUCACCUGUAUCACGUUUCUGAAACUUGUUUAUAUGAAGUUGUGACCCAAGUAAGGAAGUUUCUUGAUAAACAACAUUGGCAGAUACUGAGGGCGGUAGAAAUGUAGAGACAGUCGCUGUGCCAGAAUGCUUAUGAUCUUAAGGUAGCUAAGAUGCAGUAGUCCAAGACAAAGGAAACUUAAGUUCUCUGUUGUCAUUUCAUUAGUGAAAAAUGUUUGUAACUAUGUGAGUAAUACUGAUUAUUUUUUCCUGUAUUCUUUUAAAACAAGUUUGAAAAUGUAAAAUCCAUUUCUCUUUGAAAUGCUUUUGUAACAAGAUUGCAUGGUUAGGGUACAGCAAAGAAAACUUAAUCUGCAUGACAUUAGGGAAAAGUGAAGAAACAGAGAUUGAUGAUUGAAAAAGUAUUGAGACGCAUAAGAAUGAGCGUGACAGGAUUUUGCAGGUAGAGAAUAAUGUCUUUUAUGAGAUCAGCUGUGGUAGGUAGGUAGCUUUUAAUCCCUGUGACACUACUGCAAGUCUGUGAGAAAACUUUGCCAGUUGGUCCAAUUAAAAAACUUUACCUAUAGAUCUUGUCCUUCUCAUGUUUUCAAACCAUUACAGGUAAAACUCUGUCAGCAUUUACAAAACGAGACUCGUUCCUGAAAUGUGAAGCAUCAAACUUCAUAUUGGUCCUAAACAUGUAUACUACAAUAAGAGAAAGUCAGGUCUUAAACAUGCAUGCCAGAGUAAUCAUUCUGAUAAAGUAAGAAAAUAUGGUGACAGUGAUGGAUUUGAAGAAGAAUGGGAAUGACAGACAAUUAUCACAGAGAUGAUAAUUUUAUCUGAUCUUUGUUACCAUUUACCUCUAGAGAUGCCUGAAAGAAAGAAGUUACUAGAAUCAAAGUGUAAAGGCUGAGACAAAUACAUCAGCCAUUGGUACGGAUGAAAACAGCAUGAUUUGGUGGUUGCCCGGAUGUCUUGGGAGGAUGCUUUUCAAGCUUUGACAGUGUCAGUCAGAGUAAAACAAAGGACAGCCAAGGAAGUGACAUAUUCAUUGGAGCAUGUCUUGAUGGUAUCUUUGUGAAACACAAAAAUGGUCGUCCUCCUGUUGUAUUUAGGUGGCAUGAUAUUGCCAACAUGUCGCACAACAAAUCCUUUUUCGCAUUAGAGCUGGCAAACAAAGAAGAGACAAUCCAGUUCCAAACUGAAGAUAUGGAAACAGCAAAAUAUGUGUGGAGGAUGUGUGUGGCUAGACACAAAUUUUACAGACUAAAUAAAUGCAGCCUAGACUCCCUGGACUCUCCACCUGAGGAGGGCACUCAGAAAUCUUCCCUCAUUCUUUCCCUUCCACGCUUUCCAAUCCUUUCUCGUCCUUCACUUCCCAAAGGACAAACCCAGCCCGUUACAGUAAAUCCUGUUAGAAGGCGGUCUUCAUCCAGGAUGUCUAUGCCCAAGCCUCAGCCCUAUAUGAUGCCUCCACCACCUCAGCUGCAUUACAAUGGUCAUUACACAGAACCGUAUGCAUCCUCCCAAGAUAACCUCUUUGUGAGCAAUCAGAAUGGAUACUACUGUCACUCUCAGACUAGCUUGGAUAGAGCCCCUCAUGACUACAGUGGUCGGAUCCGCAAUGGUAGUGUCUAUAGUGCACAUAGCACAAACUCCUUGAACAACCCACAACAUUACUUGCAGCCGUCCCCCAUGUCCUCUAACCCAAGCAUUACUGGAAGCGAUGUCCUCAGAACUGAUUAUGUCCCAUCACAUAGACACAGUGCACUAAUACCACCUUCUUACCGUCCCACGCCAGACUAUGAAACUGUGAUGAGACAGCUCAACAGGGGAAUGGUGCACACAGAUAGGCAGAGUCAUUCAAUGAGAAAUCUUAACAUUGGCAAUUCAUAUGCUUACAGCAGGCCUGAUGCCUUAGUUUACAGUCAACCUGAAAUACGAGAACAUGCUCACUUCACUUCCCCACAAUCUAACCAUUAUCCAUUUAGCCUGAACUACAGUUUUCAUAGCCAAUCCCCCUAUCCCUAUCCUGCUGAAAAGCGCCCAGUUGUUGGGGCAGUCAGUGUGCCUGAGUUGACAAAUGUGCAGCUCCAAGCUCAGGACUAUCCAGCACCAAAUAUAAUGAAGACCCAAGUCUAUCGACCGCCUCCCCCAUACCCAUACCCAAGACCUGCAAAUAGUACUCCAGACCUUUCACGACAUAUCUACAUUAGCAGCAGCAAUCCAGAUCUUAUCACAAGGCGAGUGCACCAUUCUGUCCAGACAUUUCAGGAAGACAGUCUGCCCGUGGCACAUUCUCUUCAGGAAGUCAGUGAACCUCUAACAUCGGCACGCCAUGCUCAGCUGCAGAAAAGGAACAGUAUUGAAAUAGCAGGCUUGACUCCCAGCUUUGAAGGAAUAAGAAUUAAAGAGAGGACCAUGUCAGCUUCUGCAGCAGAUGUGGCUCUUCCAAGAGUUAUCUCAGAAGGGUCACAGUCCAACAUUCUGAUGGAGAGAACAAAGCAAAAAGAAAGUGAGCAAGAAGAAAGUGUGAACUGUGAUCAUAAGAAAACCCUUUCAGAUGCCACUAUGCUGAUACACAGUAGUGAGGAAGAAGAAGAAUUUGAAGAAGAAAACAAGGCUAGUACAAGUCUUUCUCCUCUCCCUGAAGAUCAAACCCAACUCUCAUCCAUUAUGGGUGGUUAUUCUCAUGAUUCAGUAUUGAACUACCCUUAUAGCUCUGUUGCUUCAUCUGCUGGCCCCUUGCAUAUUCUUGAGCCUAAAUUACAUAUUACAGAGACAGAAAAGAGAAUGAAAGAUAUGAGCCCCAUUCAUUUACUAGUAGAAAGCCAGGUACAGAGAAGAGGGGAAGGACUGCUUACUCCAUCUAUGUCGGAAUCUGAUCUUACAACAUCAGGGAGAUACAGAGUAAGGAAAGAUUCCAUAAAGAAGAGACCUGUGUCCGAUCUUUUGUCUGGGAAGAAGAAUAUUGUGGAAGGCCUUCCCCCACUAGGUGGUAUGAAAAAGAACAAAAAUGAUGCAAAAAAAAUAGGGCCUCUGAAGCUAGCUGCCCUAAAUGGACUAGCUUUGACUAGAAUGCCUCUGCCAGAUGAGGGAAAGGAAGAAUCAACAAGAGCAACAAAUGAUGAACGGUGUAAAGUUCUGGAACAACGGUUAGAGCAGGGGAUGGUAUUUACUGAAUAUGAGCGCAUUCAGAAAAAAAGACUUAUAGAUGGUGAGUGCUCAAUAGCUCGGCUUCCUGAAAAUGCUGAAAGAAACCGGUUCCAGGACGUCCUUCCUUAUGAUGAUACCAGAGUAGAGCUAGUCCCAACCAAAGAAAAUAACACGGGUUACAUCAAUGCAUCUCAUAUCAAGAUCUCUGUUGGCGGCAUAGAGUGGGAUUACAUUGCUACACAGGGCCCUUUGCAGAAUACAUGUCAGGAUUUCUGGCAGAUGAUCUGGGAACAGGGGAUUGCCAUCAUAGCUAUGGUGACGGCAGAGGAAGAAAGUGGGCGAGAAAAAAGCUUCAGAUACUGGCCACGACUUGGUUCAAGACACAACACUGUAACAUAUGGAAGAUUUAAGAUUACCACACGAUUCCGUACUGACUCAGGCUGCUAUGCAACUACCGGUUUGAAGAUUAAACAUCUUCUCACAGGACAGGAGAGAACAGUUUGGCAUCUGCAGUAUACUGACUGGCCAGAGCACGGCUGUCCAGAGGAUUUAAAGGGAUUUCUCUCAUACUUGGAAGAGAUACAGUCAGUGCGGCGCCAUACAAACAGCACCGCGGAUCCUAAAAACGCUAAUCCUCCUGUGCUGGUACAUUGCAGUGCAGGCGUAGGACGGACAGGAGUGGUCAUACUGUCAGAGAUCAUGAUCGCUUGCUUGGAACACAACGAGAUGCUGGACAUCCCACGAGUGCUGGACAUGUUGAGGCAGCAGAGAAUGAUGAUGGUGCAGACUCUUUCGCAGUACACUUUCGUCUAUGGAGUUCUCAUUCAGUUUCUCAAAAGUUCUAGACUUAUAUAAUCCCUGCCAUUUCCUAAGGGACAUGGCAAAAGUUUACAUAAAGAAAAUUACAGUUGUCUAGGCAGACCUGCUCUCACUGGUGGUUUCUUCAUAUGAUGAAUCACACAGUUAACUUUUAGGACUGGUACGUGACUGUUAAAUGCGAGUCAGUGUAACAGUCCCUGCAAAGCAGGGUCUUCGCUGGACUAAUUUCUUCCCAUGUUCAGCUGUGGUCAUAUUAGGGAAUGAUUUUACUUGUACUGGACUGUAGCACUUGCAGACGUUCUUUAGAAUGGUGUUACUCUGGGCAAAAUAAGUAUUUUAUGGAAUGGACGUACAUGGCACAAUUUUACUAACAUUGUGUUUUAAAACAUAAUUGUUAACAGUGCGAAAGCUAAAAUCUGUAGAUGCAAGUGAGGUGAGAAACCUGGUCCCUGGGAAUGUCAAGGUCUUACGCAGUUUCAUUCUGCUUUCAAUUUUAUAUUUAGAACAAUACAUCUAUAUUUUUUAAAAUGAACUUUUGGUUUCCUCUGGUUUACUCAGCAAAAUUUGCAGCUCUUAGAUAUUUUAAGCUGUUGCUUUAAGGACAGUUAUUUUUAUAGUCAUCAUUUUUUAAUUAAAAAACCCCCAAAACACCACAACCCAAAACUUUUUAAACAGCAUAAUGUUUUCUGAGGACAAGACUGACAACAUUUGAACUAACUUUUCAAAAAUCAUGCAGAAAGUACUAGGGGAAGCUAUUAGUAGUUAGUUGUAGUGCCGUGUAAUAGAACUGAUAAGUGAAAGAUGAUAUUAAAUGUUGAUAACUCCAUUUGAGCGGAGGUAUGUUUACCUACUGAUUUGUGGGCAACAAGCAGGGGAAAAAUAUUCUAAUUACCUACAAGGUUAUUGGAAACAAAUGGAUGAGAGAAAGUACAUAUUCAGUAUUAUUCAUAUAUUUAGAGGACAGUUUGAUUUUACUGGCUGAAAUCAAAGUGGAUACAAAUGUUAUAAGCACUUUUUUUGCUCUGUUAUUUAUGUAGUUAAACAAUGCAUUAUUAUAGUUUCUAUGUUUCAUAUGGUAAUAUACCAUUACUAACCUGUUAUUUUAGGAAGAGCCUUUUAGGUUGAUGAAGUGAGAGAACCAAAAUUGGAGGAAGAAGGUGCAUAGUGGUGAAGCGGAAAUGAUCGUAUGAAACAUAAUGGAGGAGGUGUGGCAGCUAUGAUUGCUGGUUUACACAGUGCAAAGAUGACCAUUAAAAAUGUUUAUGUUCCCAGUCAAGAGAGCCUUUAAAGCACUGGAAUUUUCUGUAGAACCCUCCAGAUUAUUUUGUCAGUACUAGAACAGAUCUUGCUUUGCUGUUGCAAAGAAUAUCCACAGAAGCCGUUUGAGAACACCUGCAGAACGUAAGAGCUCUUAGAGGUAACACUGGAGAUGUGGGUAUCUUAGUAGCUGUGUAGGUGGCUGAGUCAAUGGCUGUGGCACGGACCUGAAGAUGAGUCGUACCUUCGGUAGUUCCCAUUUUGUCCCAUGAGUCUGGUCUGAUGAUGGUAUCCCUAAAUAAUCCCCUGUCUGUGGUUUUCAGAUGGGGACAGUGUGGUUUUACCUGCCUUUUCAAGUGUUUUGAGAUGCUGAGUUGAAAAUCCCUAUUCAGAUGUGAGAUAUUAGUUUGUAGAUAUCUGGUUUAAUUUCUUAAAAAAACAGUCUGCAGGCAUGUUUAAGUGUCCGUUUCCCUUGAUACCCGCUUAGUGAAAUGAAAUGAGACUGAAAGUAAUUUUUAUCACUGGUGAAAUUAUGUUAUUUUUCUGAGCUGUAACAAGGGUUUAGAAACAAUUAUGAAUAAUUAAAACCCCUUCAAAACAAUAAUUGUCUCCCAAGACAUUAAUUAAUAAUAAGAAAUAGAUUGCCUCAGUUUCCUCUGUAAUAAGCUACUUCCACAAAGAAAAACACACGGUCCAAAUGACCUUGUGCUAAUAUGUCAUUCUAUACAAAAUAUCUUACUUUAAAGUACACUAUAUUAAUCUAGUGCAUUUGGUCUGCUUUCAGGCAGUCUGAAUUGUUCUACUCUCUGUAAAAGUAAGAUUGAAUAUUUCACAUGGAGGAAAAAACACUCUUUUUGUAACUAUAAAACUCCUAGGAAGAAUUAAUUGCUAAAUGUAAAGCUGGAAGUCCAGAGGAAACCAAUUACUGAAGACUGAUUCCUUAUAUAUAAAUCUUGCAAACAAACCAAUUUGACAUACCUAUGUCAACAAGUAUUGAAAGACACAAACAUAGUUAGCUAUUUGUAUCAUGCUGUAUUUUAAAAACAUUGCUACUUUUUGCCACAGUUCACUUAUAUCUUCAGAAAUAUUUUUGAAUGGGAAGGUAUACUCUAAAAUGUAGCUUGUACCAUUUCCAUUUCUCAAGUUUGGACAGUGAUCUUCAUAACCUGAUACAUGCCGCUUUUAGUGAAAUUAUAUACAACCACAACAUCAAGCAACAAUUUUUAGCUGUUCAGCAUUUACUGGAACAGGAUAUCAGCUGUGAGGCAUUAAAAUGGCUUUAAACUGAAGGAAGGUAGAUUUAGGUUGGAUAUAAGGAAGAAAUUUUUUAUGAUGAAGGUGGUGAGGCACUGGAAUAGGUUGCCCAGAGAGGUUGUGGAUGCCCCCUCCCUGGAAGUGUUCAGGUUGGAUGGGGCUUUGGGCAACGUGGUCUAGUGGAGGGUGUCCCUGCCCAUGGCAGGGGGUUGGAACUAGAUGAUCUUUGAGGUCCCUUCCAACCCAAACCAGUCUAUGAUUCUGUGAAAAGGAACAGUUAAACGAAGCAAUUUAUUCCAAAACUUAGGGGGUUAUCUGAGGUGGGUGAGGAAAUGUCUCUGUUUUGCCCUGCUUUUCUGUUUUGCUGAAAGAAGUUGUGUUCACUUUUAGAGGCGGUUGCUCUCUAACCUGGUAGUCACAAUCUUGAUUUAUUUUUUUCGGCAUAACACUGCUACCUCCUCCACUUCAGCUUUCAGUUCUGUCCACCAGCAGUCUGUUCUUGCAUUAAUAGACUUGACCAUAAUAGACUUGACUUUAUGUGAGUUUUCCUACUGAAGACAGCAGGAUUACUUUGGUAUGUAAACACACUGCUCCAAGUGAGCACUGAAAAUGAGCAGUUUCUCUUCUAAGAUACCAAAUGAAAAUAAACUUCACAACCUCCUGUAAUAAAAUUAAUUUUAAAACCAUUGUUCAGAUUUUCAGUUAACUUUUAAAUUAAAAUUCAGUUUUUAGCACUUUGUUCUGAGCCUUGAAAAGGGAUACUUUUUUACCUGUAGUUAUGCUGGGUGCUUUGUGAAGUGUUGGACGUUAUAAGAACAUCCACUGUGCAAAUCCAGUCACAAUGUCAGUCAGAGGUGGAUUUAUUUGUCAAAAGCUUAAAAUUCCACUAUAAGGCUGUCCAUUUUGCCAAAUGUGUUUCUGUUUUUAUGGGGAUGAACCCAGAUUAUUAUGCAAGAUCUGAGCUGACUUUUUCAGAAAGAAAAGUUGUCUGAAGACAUUCUUGCAGUAAACGGCAAAGAUGAUGCUGAUCUCUAGGGAUGUCAGAGCUCUCAGGGAUAAAUAAAGGUGCUAUAUACUGUGAAGAGACAGAUUUGACUGUCUUUUGUGGGCUAGGUGGAAAACGCUUUUUAGGAUCAAAUUGCAUGAAUAUUGAGGAGGAGAACCCACAAAUUGUAGCAAGGGCUUUCUGGAUGUUCAAUUUCUUUCUUGGUUGCUCUGAUGAGAGAGAUUUUUUUGGCUGGUGAAUCUUUGUAGUCUUGGGCUAGCAGCUCUUCUCUAAGAACGUAAGUCAGAGCCCUGUUCCUUGCAAAGAUGUCACUGACUUAGCAGGCUUAGCUGUAGGCUGCAAAUCGCUCCUUACCACGUUCUGUGAGGAAGAAGCUCCCUGGUACACAGGGGAGUUUUGCACAGCUCAUCUGCAGCCUGCACAGCAGUGCUCUCCUUUUUCUGCUGUCCUGUGAAGAGCAGGACAAGUUUCAUGCCUUAGUAUUGCUCUCGGUGUGAUACCUUUUGCACAAGUGAAUGGUAAAAACUACAAGUGUAGGGUGCUAUGGUUUCUGUCUAGAAAUACAUUUAAUUCAAAGCAGGUGAGCAAGGCAGAGUUCCUAUAAUUUCUGUGGAUGAAAAGCUGCUCUAAGUUAUCAUCAACAUUUAGAAAACAAAGUAAAAUAGUGACAAGUAAAAUGAAUAUGUACUAAAAUGGAAAAAAAUCAUGGCAUUUUGAGAAAUGUAUUUUUGGCUCCUCUUAUAAUCCUGUGUAUCUUUUUUUUUUUUAAAAAUGGAUGACAUUUGGAGCAAUUUUCUCCAAAAAUAGCUUCUUAAAUUUAAUAAGUAAGACUACCUGAGGCUGCUGCUACAUUUUUCUUGUUGGAGCAGCUGUUAAAGUCGAGUGGCUCAUAUAUUUCAAUGGCCUCUGGACCAAACUUGGGAACUGCAGGGUCGUUUAUCGUACAAGCCAGCUGCGUAAUGAGAUUUCAGUUUUAAUAUCAGUAGCAUUACUAAUACUCUGAACUUAAAAUAGUGAACUCAUUACUAUGUUUCAAUAGUUAGCUGAAAUUAUUAAUUUAAAAGAAACAACUGUUCAAUUGCUAAGAACUCUGUGCUUCAGAUUUCAAGGUUUGGGGUGGGGUUUUUUUUCAAUAUUGCAAAGCCAUGCAAAGCCAGAGUCCAGUCCUGCAAGAUGCAAAAUUCCCACAGUUCUUCCUGAUCGUGUAGGAAUUAAAACAGGCUUAUUGCCAAUGAAAGCUUGAGCCCGUAAAGCAUGAAUGCUCACGUGUCUGCUUUAAAUUUAAAUACAGAUUACAAGAAUUAAGCAAAAGAAUGCAUCAGGAAUGUGCAUGCAUGAAGCUACAGCAUUCAAAGGAAAAGUAGCUGAGAUAGUUCAGAAGAAAUUCUCUUGUGAAAGGAGAAAAUGUUGGAAGUAGAGAGCGAGGAUUUGAGGAAUGCUGAAGGCAUUUGGAGGAGGAUUUGGAAUAUUGUGUAUCCACAGUAGAGCUGCUAGAAAGGUUUGAUUCAUAUGGUAUGUAUUUCAUGGCAUGGUAGGGUAAGUGAAUAUGUAGUCAUAGGUGUUAUUUUUACUGGCUUUUAAAAUGUGAUUUUUGAAACUCCAAAUAUUUUUUCAGAGGCUCAGUUAUUUUUACAUAUCUUCCUUUCCAAAUGUAUUUAAUGCAAUCUGUCAGCUCAGUUUCUGUUUACCUAUUGAAGGUCACAUUUUUCAAACCAUGGUCUAUGGUUUUACACAUGCAAACUGCAGGGGGAAUAGGCAUACAUGCAAUUUUGCAGUGAUAAUUUCUGAUCAAUGCAGGUUAGAGGAUUUGAAAGUCUAAAUACUUUAUGAAGGCAGCCAGGUGUUCACAGUAGGUGUGAAUUGUACCAGGUUAAGGCUGGGCUGAAAAUCAGGCCCUUGAAAUGUGGAAUUUAACAUGUGUUUAGAAAUUAUGUUGCAGUACAAUGAUAUUAAAACUUCAGAGAAUCUCUAAUACUGGGCUAAGGUAUGGGGAAAAUCUUAAAGUUUUAACAGCUGUUGCAAAGAUGUCUGUAAAAAAAAUAAAAAAUUCUUAGUAAGAUCCUGCUGGGGACCAGCUAACUUGGUGCAUUCUCUUGGCAUCGCAUAGGCUACUUUAAGGUCUUCAGGGGCUGAGAAAAGGAGGAGUUGUUAACUUCAAUGAGCAUUUCAAAAACAGUUGCUAAAUGGCCUUUGGUUCUAUUCUUUGCUGUCUUCCACAUGAUGCUGUGUUCAGUGGUGAAGAAUAACCUCCAGUGUAGUUGUUCUUUGGAAGUCCAUUCUUCACUCUAAUUAGGGAACGAAGAUAGAAAUCAAAUGCAAAGAACCUAAUAAAUAGAGUUUACAACAGAUCCAGCCUGUGGCAAAUUAGAGAGCAAGUCUGUAGAUACCGUAACGUUAUUUUGGUUCAGAUACGUGGCAAUCAAAACUACCAAAUUAUUAAUUCUAUGAGCACAGUUUCAGAAGGUGCCUAACCUUUAUAAAGGGAAUUUAAAUGCUGUUUUUCCAUUUGGAAAUAUUUAGGUAAAAUUAGGAGAGUUUUAAAAUACUCUAAAGACUUUGCAAUUGCCAUUAAUUUUUAGAACAGUAGGAAACUCGAUGGGGAAAACCCAUGUAAAAUCCUCCAGUCUGUCACCUUGCUAAUCCUGGAUAAUUCUGACAGACAAGGUGUAUAUGCUUUUUACAAAGAUACUUUCUUAAAUUGCUUUGAAAUACCCAACAUACCUGUCCUCUUUAUGGCUGAUCUGUGGGGACUUGGAAGGAAAUUUUAGAGGCUUGACCUGGCAAAUCACUAAGUAUGUACACUCCUGCACAUUGCUGAAAUCUCUUCAUUCGGUUACAGGAAAUGGGUGUUUGAAGUCCUUUCAGCAGUUUUGUAGGAUUGAGUCCUUAAUGUCAGAGGAAUGCAGGAUCUGGCUCCAUUUUGUUCCAUUUUCAUUUGAGCCAGUAUGCAAGGACUUAAAUGGGACUUUGUUUAAACAGUAGCAAACAUGAAGUAUUACUUUCUAGUACGAAGCUAGUGGUUAACAUGUCUAUUUUUGCUGUCUUGCCACCAAUACUGUAAAAAUGUAUAAUCAAAACAGCUUUAAUUCUUGUAAACUGAAAUUGGUUUGUAAAACAAUGUACAAAUUGUGUUUCAUAGAAAAGCUUGUAUUACUGAAUGUAAUAUAUGUCAAAUGAAUAUAUUAUAGUCUAUUUUUGCCAUGGAAAUAAAUAUUUGA